CUUGUUUAUCUGUCGGAAUAACCUUGAUGCGUCAGUAUCGCGCCGUCAGUGUGACAGAUCGACGUCGGACCGACGUCUACCGUGAUUUUCGGAGCCAUGAUGUUUUGAAGUAAGAUGGUAAGAUGUUCUGGAAAUGUUGCUGUUUUAUUGCCAUCCCGUAUUGGUAGCUGACGCUUCAAGAGUAAAUUUUGGGCUAACUUUAAGCUGUAUUUGUGUGUAAAAGGUUAACUUAUUUUUAGAGUGAAUUUAAUUAAUGUCUGAGAUAUUAAUCACCUCUAUAAUCAUGGAACAGGAGUAUUGUGUUGACGUCUCAUCAUCUUCAGUAUAUAAUGAUUAUGAUAACGAUGGUGCUGGUGGCUUGCAGUAUGCUGGCACAGCUGCAUAUCCCAACAUAUCUGCACAGCAACGCCGUUCUGCCGAUUCUUUUCACUGUCCCGAUGUCAAGCCUGAUAUCAAGCCAGAUCCGCUGACACUCUCGCCUGCACAAGUGGAUGCCUUCAGCGCGGUCGGUGGCUCGGCUGGGAUAUUAGACGCUCCCCAUGAUAUUAAGCCCGAUCCUUUGGCAUUGUCGGCUUCAGAUGAGGAUCUACUGAAGGCAGCUAAUGGCUUCUCAUCUCGCACGGCAGAUGCUGUUCUCUUUUGUUGUGAGUACCGCAAGUUCGAACGUUCCUAUCAAGAUGGUGUCUCAGAGCAAGACAAAUGCCAGCACCAAGACAAGUCGCUUGGCUCAGCCCUUCCGGAUCAACGAAUCGUUUCAAACAAACAUUGCGCUCAAAGUCAGACUGAAGAGUCUGACCGCUCGAUGAAGUCAACAUUUUGCAACAUUUUAUUGGAGCGAAGCGAUACCCUCGUGUUGCAUGUUCGAAUCCACACAGACCGGAAGCCAAAUGAUCAGGGGAACCAGGCUAACAGCAAGCCGCUCAGUUGUAAAGUCUGUGGGAAGUUACUGAGAUGCCGUCGUAGUUUUACCGAACAUAGUCGGACGCACACUGGUGAAAAGCUUUCCAAUUGUGAGAUCUGUGGGAAGCUGUUCAGUCGACCUGGGCACCUUAAUCGGCACCUCCGUACUCACACAGGUGAAAAUCCGCUCAGGUGUGAGGUCUGUGGGAAGGCGCUCAGUCGGCAUCAAACCCUGGAUAACCACCUCCGCACUCACACGGGUGAAAAACCGUUUAGUUGUGAGGUCUGUGGGAAAGCGUUCGGUCAGUUUGGAAGCCUUACUCGCCACCUCCGGACUCACACAGGUGAAAAACCGUUUAGUUGUGAGGUCUGUGGGAAGGCGUUCAGUCGACCUCGAACCCUGGAUAACCACCUCCGUACUCACACUGGUGAAAAACCGUUUAGUUGUGAGGUCUGUGGGAAGGCGUUCAGUCAACUUGAAAGCCUUAAUAAGCACUUGCGUACUCACAGAGGUGAAAAACCGUUCAGAUGUGAGGUCUGUGGGAAGGCGUUCAGUCAACAUGGAACCCUUAAUAGGCACUUCCGUACUCACACAGGUGAAAAACCGUUCAGUUGUAAUGUGUGUGGAAAGGCUUUCAGUCAACAAUGGGGUCUUACUUGCCACGUCCGUACUCACACAAGUGAAAAGCCGUUCAGGUGUGAGGUCUGUGGGAAGGUUUUCAGGCUGCAUGCCAACUUGACUAACCACUUUCGGAUCCACACAAAUGAAAAACCGUUCAGUUGUAAGAUCUGUGAAAAGGCUUUCAGUCUACAUUGGGGCCUUACUUGCCACCUCCGGACUCACACAGGUGAAAAACCGUUCAGAUGUGAGGUCUGUGGGGAGGCGUUCAGUCAACAUGGGUACCUUACUCACCACCUCCGUACUCACACAGGUGAAAAACCGUUCACGUGUGAGGUCUGUGGGAAGGCGUUCAGUCGACAUGGAAUUCUUUAUAACCACCUCCGUACUCACACAGGUAGGGCGCCGUUCAAGUGUGAAGCCUGUGAUAUGGCCUUUAUGCAACGUUGGGGCCUUACUUGCCACCUUCGGACUCACACAGGUGAAAAGUCGUUUAGUUGUGAGAUCUGUGGGAAGGCGUUUAUUCAACGUGGGGACCUUACUCGCCACCUCCGUACUCACACAGUUGAAAAACCGUUCAGAUGUGAGUUCUGUGGAAAAGCGUUCAGUCAACAUGAAAGCCUUAAUAAGCACUUGCGUACUCACACAGGUGAAAAACCGUUCAGAUGUGAGGUCUGUGGGAGGGCGUUCAGUCAACAUGAAACCCUUAAUAAGCACUUCCGUACUCACACAGGUGAAAAACCGUUCAGAUGUGAGGUCUGUGGGAAGGCGUUCAGUCAACAUGGAACCCUUGAUAGGCACUUCCGUACUCACACAGGUGAAAAACCGUUCAGUUGUAAUGUGUGUGGAAAGGCUUUCAGUCAACAAGUGGGUCUUACUUGCCACCUCCGUACUCACACAAAUAAAAAGCCGUUCAGGUGUGAGGUCUGUGGGAAGGCGUUCAGUCGCCACGGAACCCUUAAUAUUCACCUCCGUAAUCACACAGGAGAGGCGCCGUAGUGUGAAGUUUGUGACAAGUCGUUCAUUCAGAUAGGGAUUGUGACGAAGCAUCUACGGACACGCGCACCGGUGGGAGACCGUUGUGUUCAUGUCUGUGGUAAGGCGUUCAGUACCAAUAGGAAUCUUACGGUGCACAUUCGGAGCCAUACCAGUUAGAAACCAUUCAGUCGUAAUAUCCGAAAUUUACGGCGCACGUUAGUUCACUUCGGUGAAAAAUUAUUUAGCUAUCAACACGCGUCCUGGUGUACGAUCAACUUCGCUCUUCGAAUGCGUUUGAAAUCAACUUCUGAAUGGGACAACCUAGCAGCGCUAAACUUUGCGCAAUGGUAGCCAACUAAAAAGCCGAUCUCUUGCUGCUAAGAAAUGCCGUUUGUCGCAUUAUUUAAGUUAUAAAAAAUUGUUUAAAUAAUUAUCAAAAAAUUAGUGGCACCAUGUAACUUCGUAUGCCGACAUGUUUCAUAGUCAGGCUAUUGGCGUCAUGGAAGACAACUCCGUGGGAAUCGUUUAAUCCUUGGCUGCAGUGGGGUGUUGCACGACCGCAUACAUCUCAGAGACUUUUAAAUACUGUGACCAAAGUUAGGAAUGGGACUAAUCCAUUGACCUUAGGUCACAUAAGGUCAGGUGCGAGGCGAAAACCAGUUUCGUUUGCUACUGGAUUCCUUUAUUUCUUGGAUUGUUUUGGCACCCGUUUCGAGUUUCUUGACUACAGGGAGGCGAACAACUAUGUUAACUUCAAAAGGCCUGAAAAAGUAAGUGACCUAGGAUGACCCCAAUCAAAGUGUUGUGUUUAGGAAAGUUCUUAGCGUAACUCUUGGCGCUACUUAAUGUUUGAAAGUUAGAACGAUACCGCAGGUUUUUGGUUACUUACCUUGUACAGGCCAAACACGGUCAUGAACUUGGAACCAACAACAUGGAAUCUUUGUUAGAAGGAUUAUUCAGGUUAAAUGUGGUAGUAUGGGAAGGGCUGAGGAAUCUUUGGACACCACUGAUGAGUGGCAUUUGAUCUUCAGAUCAUGACCUACUGACCUAAAAGUUUGACCCAAGUGAGCUCUCGUUCACCCCAUCUAUUUGGUGAAUUUAUGGUCUCUCACUCCCUCAGUUGUUGAGAUCUCACUGGGGAAGGGGGGGGGGGGGGGUGGGGUGGCAUUAACCCCUCUCCCACCGAAUUGGUGUCGUAUUGUGGCAUUGGUGCGGUCUUUCGCGCGCGUGUCCAUGGCGGAGAACGUGUUGCUGCGACGAGUGAUGUGCACGCUCACAUUCAUGUCCACUUAUUCUAGAACGCUGCUCAUGGAGCUUGUCACAGCGUAUGUCUGCGGAAAGUUUUAAUUUAUUGUGAAGGAUUUGGAUAUUGUGAAGCAUGGAGUCAUUUUGAAAUAUUUCGGUAUUGUGAAUUAUGUAAACGUUUUAAAAUAGAUUGAUUGAAAUAGAAGGUCAAGUGUUCCGA